AUAGCUAUACAAGCUUUUGAAACUAGGGCUUUUUUUGUACCGGUAAGUGGAGGCCCAUUAUUGUAUCGGGUCAAUCUUGACUUACAUUUCCCCUCGAGUGAGAUUCUGACCGCCGGUCUUUUCCCCGGCGACGGCAUCGGUCCUGAGAUCGGCGAGUCCGUACAUAAAUACAGGGGAUUAGUCUUCUUAAUCUGGCUACUCAAGAUUUCACAAGGUUGGUCGAGAAGAAAGGUGCUUUCUUACCAGACAUUAAAGUUUUAUUAUCUAAAUGUCCACGGUCAUCUUGCAUGUCCGAUGGUUAGAUGAUAAGCUUUCUUGAAUGAAAGGAACUCCUCGGUCAUUAUCUUGCCGAAUCUGCUUGUGAGAUUUAUUCUCAUUUUCGGAAAAAAAACAAAACAAAUAUUCAUAUACAGUACGAAUAGAGUCAUCUCCGAUCGGCGAUUACUGUCGAAACCUCACUCAACUUGAGCAAUGGCGGAGCAUCCAGAAGCUUCUCAACAAGAAGAACAACCAGGGGAUCCAAGUCCCGAACUUUUCGAUCCCAAAACUAUGCGAAAAUCCAAACCUGGUUUCAAACGCCUAUUUCUCACCAUCUCCGUUCUCCUCUCCUUCCUCUCCGGUGUUCCGUUUUUUCUCAAGUCGAUAGAGAUCUAUCGCUCGCCGAUUCCGUUUACGGAAAUGGACACGCUCUCGAAUUCGAUUGAUUCGCAUCCGUUAAUAUUUUCGUGUAGGUUUCAUGUCGUUUUUGUUGAUUUUGAUUCUAGGGAGGUGAGUGUAGAUAAGUUAGCAUUUUCGGUUUUGGAGAAUAUGCGGAAGUUAAGUAGUAGUGAGAAUGUUUGUGGUAGUUGUGGGAACAAUUACAGUGUUUCGGUGACAAUUGAGUCUGGAGGUGAUUGUAAGGAAAGUGGAGAUGUUGAGGCGGCUAAAUUGUGGAAAUGUGGGAGGAUUAAGGAGGGGAAUUUGGAAGAGAUGUUGAAGGAUGAUGAAAGAUUUGAUGAGUAUCUGAAUGAAGUAUUGGGAGGCGAUGAAGAGGGAAGUGGGAAGGUUUAUCGUGUAGUGGUGGUGAGUAAAGAUGAAGAAAUUAGGGCUGUGGUUGGGAAGAAUAGGCAUGCGUGGAUUGUGGGUCGGGUUUCAGAGGUGGAUGAAGCUGUUGAGAUGGUAGCAGAAGUAUUUGUUAAGUUUUUUGUCAAUGGAGGAACUAGAAAUGGGUCUAUUCAUUCGGAGUUUAUGCCGGUGGGUGCUGAUGGGAGAAUAGUGCUUUCUUUUAAUUUGCUGAAUGCUGAUCCCCGUGAUUGGGUUUAUGAUUGGAAUUUUCAAGAGAUAGAUGAGAUUCUUUUGGCUCCUAUUAUCAGGACUUUGGCACCUUUAGCCAAUAUAAGCACUGAAAGUCAGGUCUUAUACCACACUCCCAUGUCUUCAUUUGCAAAUUGGGAUAAAGAAAAGGAGAGCUACAUCUUUAGAACAAAAGAUUUGCCUUUCUUUGUGAACUCAAAUGAAUGGCACUUGGAUACUUCCAUUGCAGCUGGUGGAAGAUCAAAUAUUUUGCAAUUUGUGGUAUACGUGCCAUCAGCUAAUGAAUGCCCACUUAUGUUACAACUUCCAAAUGGAGAAAUUUCUAUGACAAAUGGCUUCAUAUCUCCAAUGUGGGGUGGUGUCGUUGUUUGGAAUCCCCCACGUUGCGCGAGAGAUUCUGGAGGUUCCCAUUUGAGGAAAAAGAUUUCACCACAGGAUUUAGAAAAGGUAUUUGAAGUUUUCCUUGGGCAGCUCCGACAAAUAUUUGGUUUAAACUCUGGUAGCCUCUAUCAUGAUGCUUCGACCACAUUUACUCUAUUAUCUACCGGAAAGGGCUUUACAGAAUGGGAAAUGGAUUUCUUGUCACGUCAACACACAUGCUAUAAUCUACUUCAGUGUGGUACAACCCUCGGAUCACUUUCCCGAUUAGUCCAGUCACUUCCAAGGAUGAUCAUCAAGGAUGAGAUUGGAAAACAGGUAAAAUUUUCUCUUGAAGCUGCAAAAGUGGCUCGAAGUAAUGCUUCCUAUGGAAUUUCUGAUGCAUCAGCUGUGUCCUCAAGGGAAGCUAGAAUAUUGGCAGAGGAUGCCUUUUUUCACCCAUCUAUGAUGUCUGUGAGCUACUACUCUUUUGAGCAUUGCUUUGCUGUAUACUCGCCAUUCUUUCUGCCAGUGUCAAUGCACAUUAUUCUUGCAGUUUUAAGAGAAUUCCGAAGGUACAAGCAAGAAAGUGCCAAACACAGAGCAUGGAGAGUUAUAGAUAGCAGGAAUGCAUGAUUAGUUAAACCUUUAUAGAUACUUUAUUGCGGCUGAGAUACAUCAAUCUAGCUGUCAGGCCAGGAAGAUUUUUCUUUUCUUUUUCCUCUUCUCCUCGGCAAGAUUUUGUUGUAGCUCCUGGUAAAUUGUUCACAAGUAGCAUAGGAGGCACCCACGAGCGAACUAUCAUGUACAAGCUGUAAUCUUAGUUAGGAUGUUACGGUUAAACGUAACAACAUUGAGACCAACGAAAAUUAUUAUUUUAUCGAGUUAAAAUAGACUAUCUACAUUA